AAGAAUAAAUAAUUAAUAUAAGUACGGUAAAACGUACAAGAAGAAAUAAUAUGUUUUAAGCAUUCUUUUCAGUAGUGAAAAAUGGUUGAUAUUGAUGAAGAUGAAGGGGGAUUGACGGGAUUGUUUAUCCUAAUUAUUCUUAUAUGGUUUAUCUCCUUAUGUGUCCUCAUCUUUAUUAUUGUUGUGACAUUACAUCAUGAGAACAUAGUUUAUGGUGUUUAUUUGAUUAUAGUAUGGGUGCUUACGUUUUGUAUUGCGAUCUUCACUAUGUACACUUUUAAACUUGAAAAUUUUGGCCUAACAGUUGUGCUCGGUGCAGUUAUAUAUGUGAUGUUGUGUUUCCAAAUGUUGAGCCUUACUUAUGUUUGUGACGAAGUGGAUAUAGAUCUGAAAGCAGGCGAUGUUGUCAACAAACACUGGCGAGCUGAAGUGGAAAAGCCUGGAAGCAUGGAUGAUUUUCAAUCAGAGAGAAACUUAAUACGUAACAAAUUAUUGACAGUGGCGUCCAACGAGGGUACAAAUAACGCCACAGGCAGUGGCAGUGGUGAACCCGCAGCCCUGUUCUCCAAACUACGUAGCUUUUCCAUCGGUAGUGGGCCGAAUUCGCCACAACGUGUAGUCUCGAAUUUACGCGGUUUUCUUACACACCGUCUCAGUAAUAUCACACCAAGUGAUACAGAACCUCAUUUUUGUGAUAUAUACUAUGAUAAAUAA